UGAAAUUCGGCGGCAAUGGCAAAGUAAAAUAUUGUGAUUUGUGAUUUAUAAUUCAAUACCUUAAUGAUAAAGAUAAGUGCGUUGUGUUUUGAAUAAAAUAUAUUUCAAAUAUCACUCAACAUGUUGUUUAAAGUGGAGUCUAAUGGCUCUUCAGUCACUAAAAACGAAACCAAUAAAUUUGAAAUAAUUGAUUUACAAAGGCGCACUGUAGAUUAUACAGAUUGUUCUAAACGCUUUUAUCAGGUAUCCCGUGAUUUUUCCCAGCAAUACGCUCACAUAUAUUCAGCAAGAUUAAAUACCUUUAGGAAUAUAUUAAUGCCUAUUGUACAAAAAAGAUGGUCCGACAAGUACAAAAUAUUAAAAUUGUGUGAAUUACGCGAUAAAGGCACGCCAUGUAUCAUAAUGGGAACACUUUUCAAAUUACAAGAAUUGAAGCCGAGUAUUUUGAAGGAGCUUUCAGAUCAACUUGAAAUAUUACCGCAGCCAGCUAGGACUCACUUUGUACAUGAAACAGACACUUUAGUAUUGGAAGAUGAACUGCAGAGAAUUAAAUUGUCUGGUGAUUGUAUUGAUGUUAACAAAGUAGUAACAGGUGUUGUUACUGCACUACUAGGAAGUGAAGAUGAAGAUGGAAUUUUUACAGUGAAAGAUGUAUGCUGGGCUGGAUGUUGUAUACAAAAACCAUUGCCGAUCUUAAAUGAUGAUAGGUAUGUCAUUUUUAUGUCGGGACUAAAUCUGGCAUCAAAAACUGGAAAUCAUUUGUUUUCAUUAAACUUACUUCUUGAGUGGCUAUGUGGAUUUUGUGGCACAUCAGAUUAUCAGGAGGAGGUUUCCAAAGUUGUCAGAGUUGUUAUAGCAGGUGGGAUAUAUGCAAAUCAAUCAAAUUCAAGUGUGCUUAAUGAAUCAGAUGUAAUAGUUGCUUCAGAAGUGGUAGAUUCUUUUGCUGCUGCUGUCAGUGCAGUUGUUCCUUUGGACCUAAUGCCUGGAUGUAAGGAUCCUGCAGGGAUAAUGUUACCGCAAAAACCAUUCCAUUAUUGUCUAUUUCCAAAAGCAGUAGAAUACAAAUCAUUUAAUCGUGUUUCUAAUCCAUAUGAGUGUGAUAUUGGAGGUUUUGUAUGUUUGGGAACCUCCGGUGAGCCUGUUACAGAUGUUAUGCGGUAUAGCAAGCUUGACAAACCAUUAGAUGUCAUGAAGAAAACAUUAGAAUGGCGCCAUGUAGCGCCAACAUGUCCAGACACAGUUCCUUGCACCCCAUGCUUGGACACAGACCCUUUCACUAUUUACAAUUGUCCUGCAAUUUAUUUCAAUGGAAAUUGUGAUGAAUUCUCAACAGAACUUUUUACAGGGGAUGACCAACAAUUAAUCAGAUUGGUGUGUAUUCCUAAUUUUUGUGAAACGAAGACAGUAGCUUUUGUUAAUUUAAAGAACUUGGAAUGCUACAGUAUGGUAUUUGACUAAAUAUUAUUUUAAACCAAUACAAUAGAACAUAUCAGAACCUAUUGAAGACAAAAAACUGGCGAAACUUUUAAUAAAUGUAAGAUAAAUAAAAUAAUGUAGCAUGUGAUGAGUGUAAGUUUUCUUUAAAUACACAAUUUUUUUAAUUUUUA